AUGAUGGAACACAUGAAACCAACAAAAAUUGUUAAAAUGUUUUAUAAUAAUUUGAGUCCAGCAUUUGUUGAAAUCCCUAUUGGUCAUAAUAAAACAAAAACCGUAUGGGUAGAUAAUUACGCAACCAUAUCUUAUCUUAGAGAUCGUAUUCGUGAAAUUAGUGGUAAUUAUACUGAUGAAGCAGCAUUAACAAUAGGAAUAACAACUACUACUCAAUCAUCAUCACCACCACCACCGUUAAACAUCAUUCAAAAUGAAUGUAUUUCUUAUCCAACAGCAAAUAUUCUUUUUG